AUGCAUAUACAGGCAAGUGUGUCUGGUGCAGAUGAAACAGGGUCAGUGUCAGUGAUGGAAGGAGAUUCCGUCACUCUACACACUGAUGUUAGUGAAAUAAAGAACGAUGAUACGUUACUGUGGGUGUUUGGACCUAAAGGAUUUGUCAUUUCUCAAAUAACGAGAAAGAAUGAUUUGACCUCAUUUUUUGUCACCGAUGAUGUGGGAUUCAGAGGCAGAUUGCAAGUGGAUCAGAAAACUGGCUCUCUCACUAUUAGAAAUAUAAGGAUCACACUCUCUGGACAAUAUAAACUAACAAUCUCUAGAGAAAAGACUACGACCAAAAUAUUUAGUGUUACUGUCUUUGGUAUUGUUAAUGAGACGGAUGGAAUGAAAUCAGUCUCCGUGAUGGAAGGAGAUUCUGUCACGCUACACACUGAUGCUGAAAUACACACAGAUGAUCUGAUAGUGUGGAGGUUUGGAGAUAAAGGCAUCCUCCUGGCUAAACUCGAUGUAGAGACUAACGAGACCUCAUUAAAUGAUGCUGAUGAGAGAUUCAAAGAUCGACUGCAGCUGAAUCAGACCGGAUCUCUGACCAUCACAAACACCAGAACUGAACACGCUGGACUUUAUGAAGUACAGAUCAGAGGCCAUGAGAGCUCACAGCGAUUCCUUCUUUUUGUCACGGAUUCAAGUCUGUCUUCUAGUGCUAUCAUAGGGAUGAUCAUUGCUGUUCUGCUGGUGCCUACAACCGCUGCUGUGAUUUACUAUCACUGCAAGGUUUUUGACCAAGAAAGGCAAAUGUGUGGAAGUGUCCUGGUUUGGGGAUGUUUUGCUGCAGCAGAACCUGGCCAGCUCACCAUCAUAGAAUCCACCAUGAAUUCUACCGUGUAUCAGAGGGUGCUUGAGGAAUAUGUGAGACCAUCUGUAAAAAAAUUCAAGCUGAAGCAGAACUGA